AUGACUGAUAUUAAACUUGGAGUGAGAAAUGAAAUACAAGCAGAUAAUAAGAUGAAAUAUAACAUUGUAAAACAAGGACUAAAAUAUGAAAGUGAUAAUAAAAGUAGGUCCCAAAUUAAAGACAUUUUCCUUAAGAUUAAAAUGGAUAUAUCUGAAAAUCAAUACACUUGCAAACUGCUGCCCAGUAAAAAUCCUAGAAAGCCAGUGCUAGUUACUCUACAAACUGAAGAUAUAAAAAAUGAAGUUCUCGACAAAAAAAAGGAAUAUGGUAAAUUGGAAACACAUGACAAUGAGACUGAAGGAGAGAAAACUAAUAUUUAUCCUAAUGAGGAUUUGCCACAUGACAUAAGAUAUUUACUAAAAAAUGCCAAGAGCCUUAGAGAGAAGAAAAACUAUAAACAUGUGUGGAUAAAAAAUGGCCUAGUAUUGGAAAGACGAAUCCACUCCAAUAAAAAUCAGGAACACUGA